CGUGGAAAAUUUCUGCGCCACACGUACCGUUUCAACCGGUAACGCGAAUGUAGCCAUGUAGGAUAACAUUCAAGCGUCAUAGUGACAUGUGUCAAAACAUACCCUUUCGUCAUUUUCGAGGCUGCAUUUUCUACGAAUGAAAACAUUGACUGCACAAACAUGGCAACUGCUGCAGAUUCAGGUGUACGCAUCAACGGAGGAUGGUCAGCGCACUUGGCUGACAAUUUACAAGAACAAAAUGACGAGGUACUUGCAUUACAAUCCAUUUUUGAAGGCGAGGAAAACAGACUGACUGUAUUUUCCACAGCACCAGAUGAAAUUCCUGACAGUGAAAAUUGCAAGGAAAAUUCCAGAUUAUACCAGCUUCAGCUACAAGUGCCUGUAAAGCAGGAUGCUGCUAAAGUGACAAUAGACAUUUGCAUGCCCUUCAGAGAACCAAUGGACAGCACAGAACAAGAUUCCAAAGUACAAAAUCCUGGAGCUGUCGACUACAAACGAUCAGAUUCAGGUAACAAUCUGAUGGCAUCCAUUACACUUUCUCACCUGACACCAUUAAAUUUGACGGUGAUAUUUCCUCCGGAGUAUCCUGCCUGUGGCCCUCCACAGUUCACCUUGUCUGCGAUAUGGUUGUCAUGGCAACAGUUGGGUGCCUUGUGUGUGAUGCUGGAUAAAUUGUGGGAGGAGUCACCUGGAAUGCCAAUACUGUAUACUUGGAUUGAUUGGUUGGAGAAUAAUUCAUUCAGUUUCUUAGGCCUGCGAGACCACGUAUUGGUGCGAGAGAUGAGCCCUGAUGAUAAGGUUCUUGAUGAGAGAGGGCUGCAGGAUUGUCUGGACAUUGAAGAGGCUGUCACUACCAUGAUGAGGUACAGUGCAGAGGAAGAGAACUACCAGUUCCGAAUGACUGACCAUGAAUGCAGCGUAUGUUUUAUGGAGUUCCCCGGAGCUGAGUUCUACAGGAUGAGACAGUGUGGUCACCAUGUGUGUCGGGAGUGCAUGCAAACCCUUUGUCAAAUCCAUGUCAAAGAUGGCACUGUCACAGAACUUGUGUGUCCAGAGUCAGAGUGUAAAACAGACAUCCCACCAAGUGUCAUCAGAGAAGUUGUCGGGGAGGAACAGUUCUGUCGCUAUGAGCGUCUUGCUCUACAGAAAGCCCUUGACAACAUGGGAGACAUUGUAUGGUGUCCGCGAUGUGAAGGUGUGGUUGUACAGGAGAGUGACAAGACACUUCACCUGGGUUACUGUAUCACGUGUCAGUUCUCAUUCUGUACCUUAUGUAACAAGCUGUGGCAUCAGGGACAGAAGUGUGCUGAUAAAGAAGAAACGGUCAAAGCUUUGGAGGACAGACUCAAAGGAGAUAAACAUAUAGAGGGACUCAAGCGUAAAAUAGAAAAGAUGAAGGAAGAAAUGUCGAGCAGUAUAUAUCUGAUCAAUAAAGCGAAGACUUGCCCUUCAUGCAACGCACAUUUUCAGAAAAUAUCAGGGUGUAACAAGGUCGUCUGUAGAUGUGGCCGUUCCCUGUGCUACGUCUGUUGUAAAGAUAUCACAAAGAUUGGAUACAGUCAUUUCCAGGAGAGUGUGGGCUGCUCCACCUUUGAAGACCAUGAAGAUCUGAAUGUGUGGAACAGACGUCCACUUCCACAGAUAAAUCAAGACAAAGUUGUGAAAAUGAUGGACAUGCGAACUAGGUUGGCAGCAAAUCCCUUAUUGGAACAGGUUCAAUGUCCAAGAUGUCACAGGAAGAGCCUGCAGGGACCACACGGAAACAACCAUGUCAAGUGUUGGAACUGUAACACUGGAUUCUGUUUCCUAUGUCGGGAAAUACUGAGCAAAGUUCCGGUAACCAAACAUUUUAAACCUCCGUCACCGUGUCGACAGCACACUGAGGAGAGAAGUGCUGCUGUAGUCCAUAUUCUUGAAAAUGAUGACAAUACCUCAUAAAAGGCAACCCAUGACAUUUCCAGAGACAAUUGUAAAUGACAGAUUUAGUGAUGUAAAUUCAAAUACUGCAUUCAAGCAUUGACAUGGUUAGAAGUAAGUGGUUGUGCAAAUUCAAUGCUGGUGAGCUUAUAUGCUAUUGGAUAGUAUCUUUUGUCAACUUUUCAUUUAAAAGUCUGUUAGACACUCACAGUCCCACCCAACAAAGUGUGUGUGUG